GAAAAAUUCUAAAGAAAAAAUAUUAUUUUAUUUGCAUACUUUUCUUAGAUUGGAGAAAUGACCGUACAGUCUGAUGAGGAGAAAUUUGAAUUAUUUGGAAGAUAUCUCAACCCUAUACGCCUCCGCGCCUAUCAGUACUCUCUCUCUCUCUCUCAAAUUUGGACCAUUCCUCGCGUUGAUUCUACGCUCGCAUUACCUAACCAUUUAUAUAUCCCACCUCUCUCUUUCUCUCUCUAAAUUCGAAUUUGGAUCCACCGCUUUGCGCUCCAAACCCUACUUUUCUCUUUCUCUCUCUCCAGAAGCAGUCCCGAACAGAGGUCGAUAUGAGGAAAGGUGCCAAGAGGAAGACGGCGUCCCAGGCGGACGAAGCUGUCGACAAUCACAAAGAGUCCAAGAAGUCAUCCACUCGUGCAGUCAAGGCCUCCAAGCCCGAAUCCGAGCCUGAGUACUUCGAGGAUAAGCGCAACUUGGAGGACUUAUGGAUGGCUGCAUUUCCCGUUGGAACAGAGUGGGAUCAACUGGACAUCCUUUACCAGUUCAAGUGGGAUUUUUCGAACCUAGAGAAAGCGUUUGAAGAGGGUGGAACAUUACAUGGGAAGAAAGCUUAUCUCUUUGGUUGCACUGAGCCUCAAUUGGUCUCUGUGAAGGGGGAGAAUAAAGUUAUCUGCAUACCUGUUGUGGUGGCUGUUGUAUCACCUUUCCCGCCUUCUGAUAAAAUUGGGAUUAACUCAGUUCAGAGAGAGUCUGAAGAAAUCAUUCCCAUGAAACAAAUGAAAAUGGACUGGGUUCCAUAUAUUCCUCUUGAGAAGAGAGACAGUCAAGUUGAUAGACUUAAAUCUCAAAUUUUCAUAUUGAGCUGCACUCAGAGAAGGGCUGCUUUGAAACACUUGAAGAUAGACCGUCUGAAGAAAUUUGAAUAUUGCUUGCCUUAUUUCUACCAGCCUUUAAAGGAAGAUGAGCUUGAACAAAGCACUGAAGUUCAAAUAUUAUAUUCAUCAGAAUCAAAGCCGGUUUUUUGUGAGUUCGAUUGGGAAUUGGACGAACUAGAGGAAUUUACAGAUAAUAUGAUUAAAGAGGAGGAAUUAACUGAAGACCAGAAGGAUGAUUUCAAGGAGUUUGUCAGGGAGAAAGUUCGGGAAGCUAAGAAGGCCAAUCGACAGGCAAGGGAAGCCCGGAAAAAGGCCCUUGAAGAAAUGAGUGAAGAAACCAAAACAGCAUUUGAGAGUAUGAAGUUCUACAAGUUCUACCCUGUGUCAACACCCGAUACUCCUGAUAUAUCAAAUGUUAAGUCUCCAUUCAUCAACAGAUACUAUGGAAAGGCUCAUGAGAUUCUGUGAAUGGCUUCAUCGAAUGUUCAGGAAUAAGAGAUUUAAAACUAAGCCUGCUUGUUCUUGCUGCCAUUUCCUCGAGAGAAUUUGUAUCCCGCUAUGCUAGAUAGAUGAUGAAGUGUGGGAGGCAGCCCCUGGUGCCUCAGCUCAGUGGGAUCUCAAUGAUCAGUAUUAUAUAUUUAUCUGCCUGACAUCUCCAGGUGGAUGUAAAACCUGUAGCUCAGAAAUUUUAGCUGAAAAGAUUACUAAAGUUCCUACUUCUAUUAGAGAAAUUGUAAAAUGAGGCAAAUAAUUUUUUUUUUUUGGUGUUUACAUGAGCUUUGGGUAUCAAAUUUUGGUGGUGGCUCAAUUUUUCUAAUUAGCUUCUUUUUGUUCUGAGAAGAAUGUUAUAGUCUAGACAUUCAUUUAUUACGAACCAGAGUUAGAUUGUAGCGGUAGGAUGUACUCUUUCGUUAAAACAGUUGAAAUAUUCAUUGGAAUUGUCCUAA